UCAUGAACGAGCGAGGUAGCAGCGAGGGGAAGAGGAGGAGGCAGAGGCAGAGGAUCAGCCGUUUCCUGCUGCGGCUAUAAUAGGGCAAAGAGAGAAGGGGGAGGAGGUUUGAAGCCGGAUCGGUGUGGGGUUCUUUUCUUGAGCUGUCAUCUUGUGAACAAAAAAGCCCCCCGGUUUGCGCGAACGAGGUGUGAGGGGGAUAAUGCUGGAUUUCGUGAUCCCGUUGAGUAGCAGCGCCAGGCUGGAGAAGCUCAUCCCUCACAUAGAAAGACUGUUCAGAGUGAGAGUGAGCGCUGGGCCUGCGGCAGAGAGCAGCAGAUGGGUCCACAUAGAGCAGGCAGCAGAGGCACAGGAGGGGCCCAGGAAAGCAAAGGAUUAUAUAUUAUCCCUGUGCUCCCCAGACCACAAGAAGUGUGAGAGUAUUACGUCAACUUUGCGGAAACAAUUAAUUGAGCUGAAGGAUACAAUUGAGUAUGAAAGUCAAGCAGUACUAGAAAUAAAAGAGAAGAGUAUAGAAAUAACAGGCGGACAAAUUAACGUGAUGACUGCCUGGUCAAUGUUUGAGAAGUUGAAUAUGGAGAACAGCUCCUCCAAAGAAGACAGGAAGCUUCAUCUGGAGAUCGGUGACUGCAGGUCAGAUUCUGAGGACUGGACAAGCUCUGAAAGUGAUUCAGAACAACUCCCUAAUAAGAAAAAAGGGAAUGAGAUUGUGAGCAAACCACACAGACAACUCUGCCGCUCUCCUUGCCUUGAACGACCUGUUCUUUCCAAGUGCAGUGUCUUGCAGGAUUUUCAAAGUGAGGACAAUAAAUCCAAACUUGAUGAGGGCUGCAAAUCUGGAAGUUUAGAUAAAGAAUACCAGGCCAAGAUGGAGUUUGCCUUAAAACUAGGAUAUUCAGGAGAACAGAUACAAACUGUGCUCAAUAAACUGGGAUCAGAUGCUCUCAUUAAUGACAUUUUAGCUGAGCUGGUCAGACUUGGGAACAAAAGUGAAUCUGAGCCGCAGCCGAAUAGCAUGGGUAAUUCAGGUACCCUGGUGUCCAGGGGCCAGUGUGUGAAGGAGAUCACGAGCCCAGAACUGUCUUUGGAGGAUGAAGUGGUAGAUGAUUCUGACAACUUGAGACCUAUAGUCAUCGAUGGAAGUAAUGUGGCAAUGAGUCAUGGAAACAAGGAAGUGUUCUCUUGCCUUGGGAUUCAGCUAGCUGCAGAAUAUUUCCUGGAAAAAGGACACAAAGACAUCACAGUGUUUGUUCCUGCUUGGAGAAAAGAACAGUCCAGACCAGAUGCACCAAUCAAAGACCAAGAAAUAUUACGGAAACUUGAGAAAGAGAAAAUCCUGGUCUUCACACCAUCCCGAAGGGUGCAAGGGAGGAGAGUGGUCUGCUACGAUGAUCGAUUCAUAGUAAAGCUGGCCUUUGAAUCAGAUGGCAUUAUUGUGUCAAACGAUAACUACAGGGACCUGCAGAAUGAGAAACCUGAGUGGAAGAAAUUUAUAGAGGAACGUCUUCUAAUGUACUCCUUUGUGAAUGACAAGUUCAUGCCACCUGAUGAUCCUUUAGGACGUCAUGGUCCCAGCUUGGAUAACUUCCUGCGAAAGCGUCCCGUUAUUCCUGAACAUAAGAAACAGCCUUGUCCUUAUGGGAAGAAGUGCACUUAUGGACACAAGUGUAAAUACUACCACCCAGAACGUGUUAACCAGCUGCAGCGCUCAGUUGCCGAUGAGCUUCGUGCAAGUGCUAAGUUGUCUGCUGUGAAAACUAUGAGUGAAGGAGCCCUGGCAAAAUGUGGCAUUGCCAUAUCUGGUGUGAAAGGCGAAGCCGUUUCCGAGAUCAAGCGCGUCGCUCCAAAGCGCCAGUCUGACCCUAGCAUACGAUCUGUUGUUUGCGAGCCAGAGGAGCGACUGACACCAGCUCACAGACUUGAGACUAACUCUGUGCCUUCUUUGGUCACUGCAUCAAGUGUACCUGCAUUUCAGCCUAAUAAAAGCCAUGCAGCCAGUGCCAUGAGUACCAGAUCUGCAAGCAGCCCAGUGCCAUGUUCCAAACAAUUCACUCACCAGAAAUCUUCACAAGAGCAUAUAUCCACCUUGCAUUACCCUCCCAUCCUUGUAACCAACAGCCAUGGGAACUCUGUGAGUUAUACAGAACAGUAUCCAAAAUAUGACUCGACUCUGGACACCGGCUAUUAUUCCAUGAUAAAUGACUUUUCGAAUUUAAGUAUCAACAGUUUGCGUAACCACGACAGUUAUUAUGGGUUAGAAUCGGAUCAUGGUUUGUAUCCCAGAAACCCCAGUCCUCACUCAGAAACCUGCAUUGCAGGAAAUGAUUCCUAUUCUUCAUACAAUGACUUGGCAUACCUAGGCACUGUGGAUACAGGCCCAGAAGAGAAUGUGAAAGCUCAUCAACCACAGUCACAAAACAGGCUCCAGCCUUUUGUUCAUGGUUACCAUGAACCCAUAACAAGAGUGCAGAGCUAUGGACCUGAGGAGCCAAAACAGCCCCAGCGUAAGCAGUCCAUCUCCCACUUGGUUCCUCAUAUCCAGCAUUCUGCAGUUGGAGCUCGUUCUAGUUGUCCUGGAGACUAUCCUUUUCCUCAGAACAUUCAUCCAUCUACUAAUAAUCAACCAGGAAGAGCUCUUGUAAUGACUAGGCUGGACAGUAUUUCUGAUUCAAGACUGUAUGAGAGUAAUCCAAUGAGGCAACGAAGACCUCCACUCUGCAGAGAGCAGCAUACCAGCUGGGACCACCUGCCAUGUGUCACAGACUCUUAUAGGUACCCUUCAUAUCCUUUGACUAAUAAUCUGAUGCAACCCAGUUAUGAACCUGGCAUGUUCAGAAGUAUGCCAGAAAAGAUAGAGCAGAUCUGGAGGUCACCAUGGCAGGGAAUGCCUGCUGAGCAACAGGACCAUCUGACAAUCCGAGAACAUCAGUACCAAACCUAUCGAAACCUCUGUAACAUCUUCCCAGCAGACAUAGUCCAUGCAGUAAUGGAAAAGAACCCCCAUGUGACUGACCCGCAGCAUCUUGCUGCAGAGAUUGUUGCCAAGCAACUACGAUCCGGGAGAUAAAACACGAACUUAUUUGGAAGGCUGAGGGCCAAACACAGGACAGACAAAAAGAAGUCCGUUUAAUGCACAACAUUUGUGAAAUAUGAGUUGCCUAACACAGUGGGUUUGAAAUGUUAUAAAUAUCUUAAUGGUGUUCAAUUAUCUGUGGGAGUUAAGGCAGCUUUGAAGAGGAAAUGAAUACCUUACACUUUUUUUUCUAAAGCUAUGUCUCAUCGAUUUUUGACUUAUAAUUUUUCAAUUUGCACGCCAUUUGAAUUUUUUUCUUGAAUUUUCUGUUCAGUGUAAAUUUCAAAAUGUGUUCAGCAUUUAUGAAUAACAAAGCCUAUAAAUUAAAACAAUCCAAAUUCCAAAUAAAAUGUAGUUUUAAGUAGUACAAUGUUUGGAAGUAUUGCAGAUAAGAAACCACUGAAAAGCUAAGGAUGGCAAAGAGUAAAAAUUUAACCCAGAAAUACUUAAAUCUCUACUCAGAUUUACAUGGUAACAUUUUCCGUAAGGUAUCCAUUUUCUGUUUAAGGUUCCCAACCAAAAGAGCUUUCUUGGUGUAUGGCAUGUCAAACCAUUUCCUUUAAACCAUAAUCUCCUUAUAAGGGUGGAAAAUUGCAGCCAAAACACCUUUUUAAAGCAUUAUAUUUUUUGUCUUCAGGCUGCACUAAUGUGCCACUAUCUUUAAAAAGCAAUGUAUAUUGCUGAAAUCUGACGAGCUUGAUAUGUUUCAAGCUAGGUCUGUGAAAAAAGUUUUUCAUGAAAGUUGAGGUCUUUAGGGGCCUUUGUUUCUUCAUGAGAAGGUCUGACACUGCCUAAAUGUUUCUUACUGUGAAACACAUGGAAUGUGAGGCUGCAGUCAGGGUUGUUUCUGACAUUUUGCCAAUGGCUUGCAAAUGCUGUGUAGUUGUUUCUAUUUCUUACAAUGAUAUUACAAUCAUUUUAGUUGAAAACUACCAAUUUGUCAUAAACAUUUUACUUAAAUUGCAUUGACAGAAAUGUUAACAUUUUUAAAAUGUAAACAUCUUAAAUUAGUAAAUAUCCAGGAAUAGAAGGAAUAUAUUAAAAUUCCAAUACUAUCUGGGCCUUUCUGUACAUAAUUAGUGGACGGUAAUAAUUGCUUUGCUCUUGUAAUGACUAGUAAUUUAAUAAAGACCAUGAGAGUCUAAGGUUAAGAUCUUGGUCUGCUGACUUGGCUGAUUCCAGCCAGACUAUAGAAGGUGCCUUAGAGAGGGGAAAAAAUGUUAUCCAGGGAUCCUGGUCCUGAUUGGUGAUCAGCGACCCCUCUGGAGAGAGCAUGUAGAUCAGUGCAGACUGUGGAAAGAAUCAAUUUCAACUUGACUUUUCCUGCUACUGCACGGGUUUCCAGCAUUCUCUAUACUGCUUAUUUUAGUGAGUUUUAUAUGGGGCUACUAAUGCCAACAACAUUUAGCGCAAGAGUAGAGAAAGUUGAUGAUACAGUUGAUAUUUAAAAAAGAUGCAAUUUAUUUUGUUACACACCCAGCAAAGCUAAUUUUGUAAUUUACAGUUUAAUACAGCAAACAGCAAUGCCUCGAAUGAUCAGAAAUGACCUUUGUUUGUUGAUACAAAUUGUAUCUCUUUUCUUGAUUGUAGAAAAUUAUUUAUUAAAUGUACAGUUAUCAUCGGUAGAAUAGCUUUAUCAAAUCUUGCCACAAUGUUUGUGACACUAUGUGUCACUGGGAGUAGCCCAUGGGUAUGUAUGAAUUUUUACUGGGCAUAGUAGUUUGUAGACCUGAAUUUUUAAUUCAUGUUGUUCAUAUGUGCACACACAUUGUGUACAGUGUUAGUAUCAUUAUUUGUUAUGUAUUUAUUAGGAUUUUAAGAAAAUAUUGUUUCCAUUGAUAACUCAACCAGGUAUUCUUAUGUAACACUUGGCUAUUUUAAAAAGCCAUAACCACUUUAUCGGUCUAAGAUCUGAGACUAAAACCAGAUAUAACCUCAAUCACCAAUGUUUUUUUAAAUUUUACCUUCACAGUAUGCCUACUCUAAUCAUGUGUGCUUACACUACACUAUUCAAUGAUGCAUUCAUUGACUUUAUCUCAUCCUAUUCCCUCCAUGUACCCCCUUCUUUAAACUGAGCUCCACAAAUCUUAGUCAUAGAUGAGGAUUGUUAAUGGCAUAGAUGCCAUAUACGUGAUUCUCUCUGACAAUGUACAAGAAAUAUAAUGGGCAGUUAAUUCAGUAGAACUGUUGAGAUUAAUUUAUUUGGUUGCAGUAUGCCGUAGGAAAAAUGGCCGUAAAGCUAAUAUUUGUGCUUUGUUUCUUGUGUGUUUUAAAGGUCAAAAUGCUGUAUCACUACACUUCAUUGUGGAAGAACUGAACCCAUAACUGUAUUUCUGGGUAUUUUUCACAUUUCCAAUUAAUGAAUAGAGUAUUUGACUUCAUGAAGUUAUCCACUUUUCUCUACCCUAAGGGGAACAUUGUUAACCCAAAAUAUGAUGUUCUAAAAUUGUAAGCAUAUUUGGAUAAAUUUAUGUAUUGGUCUAAGACUCACUGCCUCCUCUCAGGGAAUCAUGCAUUUCGCCUCUGAGAAAAUGAGUUACAUGAUUCAGAGUUUUGUAUUCUGUUUACUUUUUUCCAAAACACUGCAAUAUAAAGAUUCAUGUAGGUUGAUGGUUCGACUUAAAUUUUGUGCAGCAGGACAAGGUUAUUCCAUUUAUUGAUGUUUAAUGUAUAUAAUCAAUUAAAUCAGUCACUUUUAAUGGAAACAAUAUUUUUAAACUUACUGCCUGCAUAAUGCUUACUCUUGUUAUAAUAGAGAGGGCUCUCCUCUCUGCAAAGGAAAUCUUUUAAAAGUUUCUUCAAAAGAAAUAUGGCUUAGUUUAAGCAAGCUACAGCCUCUUCUUUUGGUUGGCUUAAUUAGAAUACCAGACCAUAAAUCUAUAUUGCCUCUUCAAACAAUUUUUAUAAUGACAGUUAAAGAUUUUUGAUUUUUAACAAUUAAUUUGGAAAGAAUCUGAAAAAUAAGUACACAAAUGACUAUGUAUAGUUACUUAUAAAAAUGUAUAGUAAAUUCCAAAUGAGUUUAAAAAUGCUGGUGAAGCCAAACAAAAGGAAUGCUACAGCUUUAAGCAGCAUUAUUUAUAUCAAGAAUGAGAUUUUGUUUUGUUGUCCUUGUAUUUACAUAGAGCAUUCUGUACCCUUAACUACCUGACCUAUUCUGUGUAAAGAUUCAGAAACCCCAUGAAAGGGCAAUACAUUAAACCUUCCUGUACAAUUUGGGAAUGGUUAUUUUUGCAUUAGAUAAGUAGGGUCAGAUGGUCUCUUCAACCAAUUGCAAGAAUGGCAUUAACUGCAUAACGAACAAAAUAAGCACUGUACUGUACAAGUUAAACACUAGUAGAAUGUUCUGAGUGCUGUUCGGUGAGACCCUUAUAGAUCUUGCUUUUGUUGGUUGCAUCUACAUCUUUGUCUAUUAAUAGGAAGAGAAUAGCUUGAAUGACUUCUAUUUUUCCUGUAAAAAGCUUGUAAAAAUGAUUUUGCUUGGUUAACUGCUUUCUCUUUGCUAUAUAUCUGGAGUUUGUACAUGUUCCCAGAUAUAAUCUAAGAAGUGUACCAUUUUCAGUGAAACUUGUUUGAAGAGAUCAUAUAGUUUGUGGUAAAGUAGAUAUGCUGUGUUUAGAUAACUUGUGUACAGAUAGCUUGGUAUUGUGUGAAAAUAUAUAUAUAAAAUACAUAAUAUAUAUAUUUUAUUAGAUUAGUCCGGUUGUUUAAUUGAUCUAGUUUUGUUCUGUUCCAUAAAAAAUGAACAUGUUGGCUUUUAUCUGUAGUAAAACAAAAAAAAAACUUUGGGUUUGUAGUCCCAAACAAAAUGUAAGUCUUAAUGACAAAAUGUGUCUCUGUCUCUUUGAGAAUUUAAAAAAAAGCAGAUAUGUUUUUAAGCGCUCUAUAUAUAAUCAGUACCUUUAAAUGCGCAACACGUUAUGGAUAAUGUGUGAUAAAUUGAGCCAAGUGUUGAAUGGUAUAAUUAUGUUCCUAAUUUUGAACACACAGCUAACUAGCUGUUAUUUUAAUUUUAUUGAUAAAUAUAACAAGGCUGCUAAUGAUUUUCACAUUGUCAUAAUGCAAAUCUUUUUUUGUCUAAGCGGCUUUUGUACAAUGUAAAUAUUAAAAUGGGUGCAUUCAUAAGGUAGAUCACUACAGUUGCUUGUUUAUACUGCACAGUAGCAACUAUUUAAGUCUUCAACAAGUGUGCUUUAUUUUUCAGUGACCAUUUCUAAAAGGAAUCAUGCUGCCAUUAGCUUAAUAGGACCUAUCUGCUAUAGCUAAAAUGAAUCCAAUAUGUUUAUAAUAGUGUGCAAUACCAUGUCUGUGUGAUAUUCAAUUUGGAUAACCACCAAUGGCAGACCUGUAAAAGUAUAUGUUAUCUCCUAGUUAAGAAAGGACAAAGUUCUCCCUGUAAUCAGUAUUGUACAAUGUUUUACACACUGUUAGAUAUUACACAGUGCUCCCCCCUCCCACACCCACAAUUUACACUAGUCUUAGGAUAACACUGCAAGAUUGGCAAUCUUUAAUAUUUUGCACCAUAUUUCAUGGCUAUCAAUGUCAUCUUGGCAUUAAUUGAAAGUGGCCUUCAAAACCUAUUUUGCAUACAAGCAAUGAUUUUGCAGUGUUGCCUUCCUUGGAUCUGUAUAAUACAAGUUAAAGAUUUUACUCAAAAUGGUAUAUGGAGAGUGUAUUCGGGUAAUGAAUACAUUCACAGCUUUAUGGUGAGUGCACUCUAGGAGUAGCAGGGUUGUGACAUUGAUUUCUGUGCCUUUUCAAGAAAGAUUAUGGACACAACUUAAUAGUUUGGUACCUCUGUGCAUUGGAAUGUGUUCCAUAUGAGGUGUGCAAUUUAAGAAUGUUUUAAAUUUAGUGUUUGAUGUUUGCAUGAAGAUUAUAAUUACCAAAAAAUACCCUACAUGUUCACAAUCAUUAUUAGUGCCAUAUAACCCAACUGUAGUAAAAGAAUUUUAAAAAUGUAAUUUAGUACUCAAUUUGUGUUACAUGUAUUUCAA